UGCAUUUUUGUCAAAGGUGUGUCCGAAGCUGGAGGUCAAACCAUGGGGCACGGAACCGGACCAACGAUGAAGGUCAUGUGCUUCAAUCCAGGUAGUCGCCUGAAAGAAAAAUCCCAAGAUGCAGCUCUGAAUCACUGACAAAGCUCCUUAAGGACCACCUUCAUCCUUGCACUUUCACCUGUCCACUUUGUGUGGAAAUUGGAUAUAUUUCCAAAUCUCUGAAUCGACUUGGCUGAGAAAAUUACAUUCCGUCCAUUAUCAACCUUAGAUCUGCCUCAUAAAUAAAAAAAAACCCGGAUAUUGCGUUUCUCCGCUUAACUGUAAAAUUAUCUACGUGGAAUAUAACAUUCAUCAGAUAAACCCUGGAGCUCAGCCAGAUGUUAUUAUCACUUUGAGGAUCUAUCCCCAGUUUAAACGUCUUCUGGUACAUCCUGUUACUCUCUACGAUGAAUCCCAACAGCCUGCCUGGUCAUGUCUUCCUGCUUCUAAGUACCGUGCUGGGCCUGAGCGUAGGCUUGGAGUUUACUGGCUCUGAAGGUCAGUGGGCUCGCUACCUGCGCUGGGACGCCAGCUCCAGAAGUGACCUGACAUUUCAGUUCAAGACUUCCGAACCAGAAGGCCUCAUGAUGUACUUUGACGACGGCGGCUACUGCGACUUCCUAGUUCUCGCCGUAUCCGAGGGUAAGCUACAGCUUGGUAUCAGCAUUGACUGCGCGGAGACCACCAUCACCUCGGACAAGAUGGUCAACGACAGCCGCUGGCACUUUGCCGCCAUCAACAGGCACAAUUUGAGGACUGGCUUGGCCGUGGAUGGCCACACCAAGACGGAAGACGUGCGGCCCCAGAGACGCUUCAUGAAGAUCGUUAGCGACCUCUUCCUGGGAGGGCUACCAGCGGACAUCCGCACAUCUGCCAUCACCCUACCCUCUGUCCGUGAGCUGCCACCGUUCAAGGGAAUUAUCACAGACCUUGUUUAUGGAAGUAAGCUGCCAACGCUCAUCAAUAGUCAGAAGGUACGCUUGGAGAUGAUGGGCCUUUGCACGGAGAACCCCUGCGAGAAUGGCGGGAUCUGCUCGCUGGCAGAUGGAGAAACCUACUGUGACUGCUCCAGAACGGGAUAUGUGGGUCGAUACUGCACAGAAGCUCCUUCAAGGUGGUGCAGGGACCUGAAGCAGUCCAGAGAAAACCAGGCCUCGCACACCUGAAGUCAGAG